AUGCUGGGUUUGGAUGUAUGUGAGUUUGGCAGCCAGCUCCUGGAACUUAUGUGGUUGACAGUAUGCUACAAAGAUAUUUUGGCAGAAAAGGAUCCAGAGCUGUAUCCUGUAGAAGAGGAUGCCUUGGUUGACUCAAGCUACAGAGCACCAGCACAGAAAACACUGAAAGAAAUUCAGGAGAUGGACAAUGAUGAUGAGAGUUUGAAUAAGUACAAACAGACUCUUCUUGGCCGUGGCCCUCUAGAUAUAGAUCCCCAAACUCCCAACAUUCAAGUAACAAGUUUGACCUUGGUCUGUCCUACUGCACCUGAGCCCAUUUUCAUGGAUCUAACAGGUGACCUGGCAGCUCUAAAGAAGAAGACCUUUGUGUUGAAGGAAGGUACAGAAUACAGAUUGAAAAUUAACUUUAAAGUGAACAGAGAAAUUGUUUCAGGCUUAAAGUAUGUCCAUUUUACGUGCAAGGGCCGUUUGCAGGCAAGUAAGGAUACCUAUAUGGUUGGCAGCUAUGGCCCUAGAGCAGAUGAGUAUGAGUUUAUAAGUCCAGUUGAAGAAGCACCCAAAGGAAUGAUGGUGAGGGGCAUGUACACCAUGAAGUCCCAUAUCACAGAUGAUGACAAAAGUGACCACCUGCACUGGGAAUGGAAGCUCAAUAUAAAGAAAGAUUGGAAGGACUAAUACCUGCUCACUUUGAAAUGAGUAACCAGGAUUACUGUCCUUUGGUACCAAAGUUACUUUAAGGCUUUUUAAUUACUGUUCCUAACUGUGUACAUCAUUAUAUGUGCAAAAGUAACUAUUUGUCUGCAAACCUGUUGUUUUUAGUACAAGUGCUUUCGGUAGUUAUGUGUGUUCUGGUGUUUAUAAUGGU